CAAGCGAAGAGCGCAUAUGGGUACACGUUUCUUCACAUGGCGUACCACACUCGAUAAGCUACUGGGUGGCACCGACACCGGAUAAUGGUGCUUGCCCUGUGACGGCAUCGGUGGACUCGACCCUCAAGAAUUGGAACACAACUGUCGCUAUCAAAACUCCCACCGCUCCUCUCUUCCCGCAAUUACGGGUUCCUCCGCCCUUGACACCAGAGGGUAAACCGGUAGAAGUACCAGAAGAGAAGACUUUCUUGCAGAAAUACUGGAUGCAUAUCCUAGGGGCCUUCUUACUGAUCU